GCCUCGUCCACAGCUGCUUCCUGCUUCCCCGCACAGCCUCGCCGCCACGCUGUGGGUCGGGUCGUGCAAGCCCUGAGCGAGAGCCGCCUGCAACCGCUGCCGCCCGCUUACCCUUUCGGCCCGCCGUCCCCGCUCUGCAUCCAGGGCCUGCUAGCGUCCUCUCUCGGAAUCCGCGCCCUCUCACGCUGCCCCCUGCCAGCCCCAGCCAUGCUGUCCUUCCAGUACCCCGACGUGCACCGCGAUGAGACGGCGGUGCAAGAUUAUCAUGGGCAUAAAAUUUGCGACCCUUACGCCUGGCUUGAGGACCCGGAUAGUGAGCAAACGAAGGCUUUUGUGGAGGCCCAGAACAAGAUCACUGUGCCUUUUCUCGAGCAGUGCCCGGUUCGAGCGCUAUUCAGGGAGAGAAUGACUGAACUAUACGACUAUCCCAAGUAUAGCUGCCACUUCAAGAAAGGAAAACGGUAUUUUUAUUUUUACAACACAGGUUUGCAGAACCAGCGGGUAUUGUACGUUCAGGAUUCUUUAGAGGGAGAGGCCAGAGUCUUCCUUGAUCCCAACCUCUUGUCUGAUGAUGGCACAGUGGCCUUGCGGGGUUAUGCGUUUAGUGAAGAUGGUGAAUAUUUUGCUUAUGGCCUGAGUGCCAGUGGCUCAGACUGGGUGACGAUCAAGUUCAUGAAAGUGGACGGUGCCAAGGAGCUUCCAGAUGUGCUCGAGAGAGUGAAGUUCAGCUGUAUGGCCUGGACCCAUGAUGGGAAGGGCAUGUUCUACAACUCUUACCCUCAACAAGAUGGCAAAAGUGAUGGUACAGAGACAUCGACUAAUCUCCACCAAAAGCUCUACUACCAUGUCUUGGGAACAGAGCAAUCAGAAGAUAUUUUGUGUGCUGAGUUUCCGGAUGAGCCUAAAUGGAUGGGUGGCGUUGAGCUCUCCGAUGAUGGUCGCUAUGUCCUCUUAUCCAUACGGGAGGGAUGUGACCCAGUCAACCGACUGUGGUACUGUGACCUGCAGCAGGAGCCCAACGGCAUCACUGGAAUCUUGAAGUGGGUAAAACUGAUUGACAACUUUGAAGGAGAGUAUGACUACGUCACCAACGAGGGGACGGUGUUCACGUUCAAGACCAACCGCCAUUCUCCCAACUAUCGCUUGAUCAACAUUGACUUCAUGGAUCCCGAUGAAGCAAAAUGGAAGGUGCUUGUUCCUGAGCAUGAGAAAGAUGUCUUAGAAUGGGUGGCGUGCGUCAGGUCCAACUACUUGGUCUUAUGCUACCUCCACGAUGUGAAGAACAUCCUGCAGCUCCACGACCUGACCACUGGUGCUCUCCUCAAGCCCUUCCCGCUGGAGGUUGGCAGCGUCGUGGGCUACAGCGGCCAGAAGAAGGACACCGAGAUCUUCUACCAGUUCACCUCCUUCUUAGCUCCAGGUAUCAUCUAUCACUGUGAUCUCACCAAAGACGAGCUGGAGCCCAGAGUCUUCCGAGAGGUGCCCGUCAAAGGAAUCGAUGCCUCUGAGUACCAGACCAUCCAGAUUUUCUACCCCAGCAAGGAUGGCACAAAGAUUCCCAUGUUCAUCGUUCAUAAAAAGGGCAUAAAAUUAGAUGGCUCUCAUCCUGCUUUCUUAUAUGGCUAUGGUGGCUUCAACAUUUCUAUCACACCCAGCUACAGUGUGUCUAGGCUUAUUUUCGUGAGGCAUAUGGGUGGCAUCCUUGCAGUGGCCAACAUCAGAGGUGGUGGCGAAUAUGGAGAAACGUGGCAUAAAGGUGGUAUCUUGGGCAACAAACAGAACUGCUUUGAUGACUUUCAGUGCGCGGCUGAGUAUCUGAUCAAAGAAGGUUACACGUCUCCCAAGAGGCUGACUAUUAAUGGAGGCUCCAAUGGAGGUCUUUUAGUGGCAACUUGUGCCAACCAGCGUCCUGACCUCUUUGGUUGUGUCAUUGCCCAAGUUGGAGUGAUGGACAUGCUGAAGUUCCACAAAUACACCAUCGGGCAUGCCUGGACCACUGAUUAUGGGUGUUCAGAAAACAAGCAGCACUUUGAAUGGCUUGUCAAGUACUCACCCCUACAUAACGUGAAGUUACCGGAAGCAGAGGACGUCCAGUAUCCAUCCAUGCUGCUGCUCACCGCCGACCACGAUGACCGCGUGGUCCCACUCCACUCCCUCAAGUUUAUUGCCACCCUGCAGCACAUCUUGGGCCGCAGCCAGAAGCAGACCAACCCCCUGCUCGUUCACGUGGACACCAAAGCGGGCCACGGGGCAGGGAAGCCCACGGCGAAGGUGAUAGAAGAAGUCUCAGAUAUGUUUGCAUUCAUUGCACGGUGCCUGAACAUUGACUGGAUUCAGUAAUUGCAACUUCCUGCCGACAGCCACAGAGAAACUCAAGAGCUCUGACACCAUUCACAGGGGAGAGACCCCACAAGGACACAAGGACACCAUUCCUGUUCACAGACCACCGUGGAACAGAACUGCCAUGGGAAUUUUAUCUUUUCUAGGUUUCUCCAAAAUUUUAAGCAAGCCCUUGGUGUUUUUUUCUACCCUACCUGGGCACAUGUU